UUCUUUUCUGUCUCCCCCGGAAAGGAAGAGCUUCCACUUCAGAUUUCACCUCUCCUCUUCCGAAAAAUAUCACAAACCAAAAAGCUCCCCUCCCUUCUGUUCACGAACAGUGAUCACAGUAAGCUCCGGCGCACUAUUCACGAUUACGCCUCUCUUUCUCUCGGCCCUCCACCAUUCCUUUUCCUCGUGAGAAGCUUCUCUCGCGAGUUCCGUUCUUUGCGCGUGAACGGAAACGGGCACGCGUUCGGCCCUCCGUCGGAGGAAAUGCUGUCGGCGGGAGCGAUGGCGGCGGAAUGUUGAGUAAAUCGACGAUGGCGGUAGUAGCGUUAGGGUUAAGAAUAGAUGGGAGUCGGAAUGGCCAAGGAGGCGUCGAGGUUUAUUAGCUCGAUACCGCCGGCUAACCUGGCGCUUUUACAGCAACCGAACGGUAAAGUGAGCACCACAGGCGGCGGAGGAGGAAAGGUUCAGAGUGUUCUUCAUCAGCAGCAGCAGCAUAAUGAGUGGUGCUGGUGGCGAGGGAGGUGGAGAUCCUCGGCCGCACAGGGACUGAUGCAGCGGAGGAAGAUCCCGUGGUCGUUAAUCUGCGGCUUGAUGCUGUUCGCGCUCGGGAUGGUUUCGCUCUUCACUGGACACAUGGCCUCUGAUCUCGAGUGGUACUCUCAGCGACUGGUAAAGCGUAGCCUCUACUCCAGAUUCAGUGUUAUUCGACGAGAGCCUAUCGAUAUUUGGAGAUCUAAGUACUCGAAAAUGUUCUAUGGAUGCAGUGAAAGAGGCCGUAAAUAUGCUCCUGCCACAUCUGAACGGAAAUCUAAUGGAUAUCUUCUUAUAGCAGCAAGUGGAGGACUAAAUCAAGAAAGAACAGGAAUAACCGAUGCUGUAGUUGUGGCGAGGUUUCUUAAUGCUACAUUAGUUGUUCCUGAAUUGGAUCACCAUUCUUAUUGGAAAGAUGAUAGUGAUUUUGUUGAUAUAUUCGAUGUUGAUUGGUUCAUCUCAUACCUUGCAAAAGAUGUCACAAUUGUUAAAAGAGUUCCAGAUAAAGUUAUGCGAUCAAUGGAUAAGCCUCCAUAUACAAUGCGGGUACCCAGAAAGUCCCCACCCGAAUAUUAUAUGGACCAAGUUUUACCCAUAUUAUUAAGGAGACAAGUUGUGCAGUUGACAAAGUUUGAUUAUAGGCUUGGCUAUGAGCUUGAUGAAGAAUUGCAGAAGUUGCGGUGUCGUGUUAACUAUCAUGCUCUGAGAUUCACAAAGCCAAUACGUGAAGUUGGCCGAAAGAUUGUUAUGAAAAUGAAAACAAUGGCUACACGUUUCAUUGCUAUUCACUUGAGAUUUGAACCUGAUAUGCUUGCCUUUUCUGGAUGCUACUUUGGAGGUGGUGACAAAGAAAGAUUCGAGCUGAGUCAAAUAAGAAAAAGAUGGGACACAUUGCCGGAUCUAAGUCCUGAAGACGAGAGAGCGAGAGGGAAAUGUCCACUCACUCCUCAUGAAGUAGGAUUGAUGCUUCGUGCAUUGGGCUUUGCUAAUGACACAUACCUCUAUGUUGCAUCUGGAGAAAUAUACGGAGGAGAAGAAACCCUACGACCCCUUAAAGAACUGUUCCCGAACUUUUACACCAAGGAGAUGCUUGCGGACCAAGAUCUGAAACCAUUACUUCCUUACUCUUCCCGCUUGGCUGCUGUGGACUACAUUGUCUGCGACGAGAGUGAUGUCUUCGUCACAAACAACAACGGAAACAUGGCUAAGAUUCUUGCUGGGCGAAGGAGGUACGCAGGUCACAAGAGGACGAUUCGCCCGAAUGCUAAAAGGCUGAGCGCAUUGUUCCUGAAAAGACAGAAAAUGGAUUGGGAAACCUUCUCCAAAAAGGUAAAGUCAUGCCAGAGAGGGUUCAUGGGAGAACCAGAUGACUCAAAACCUAGUAAGAGCGAGUUUCAUGAACACCCUGCUUCUUGUAUCUGCGAGAAGCCAUUCACCGAGGACGGUAACUUCAAGGAAGACCCUACUUACUCACAGAACCGGUCGUCUCUCAACCCAAACGCACGGCCGCAGAAAUAACGGGAAUCCGUCUUCAAGAGAGGCUAAGGAUGAUAUUGAAGGAAGAUCUGAUGCUGAUGAAAUGACACGGCAGGAGUAGCAAACUAUUUUUUGCCAAGACACUUAUGAUUCACACAUUCCAACUCGACAUACAGACAACUGUCGAUACCAGCGAGAACUCAUUCUCAUCUCCAUGAGCAAGAGACUACCUACUGAAAACGCUGCCAUGGUCUUCCUCUUCUGCUGGUGCUUAGCUUCUGUAGACACAUUAGAACCUCGAAGGAUGAUUGGUUGUACAGGAGAAGAUUUUCAGUGAGUUGCAACUGUUCAUAAAAUUAGCUUUUGGUAGGCAAAACGUUGUGACGCUUGCUACAAAGAUUGAAGUUAGUGGUUUAUUUUUCGGGUUCUCUUUGGAAGUGAAGGAUUAGUUAGGAGGCACUGUUCAUCGAUGGAAGGGGAGAAUUGGACAUGUUAUGGAUGGGUAGUUUGUAGCUUGGCAG